ACAUGUCUCCUUUAAGUAGGGAGCGGCGCACCUAAGGUUAAAGGAAGUCCCUGCAGCCACUGUAAAGACGCUCCUCCCAAGCAACUUGCCACGCUACCUGCUCCUCACCGAGACACACGCCCAGUCUUCUUCCCCCGAGUCUCACACAGGGAAAGCGACGUGACUGGGUUUUGAUACAACUCUUUAAAGUUUUAGAAACUUGUCUUUGCUCAGAGCGUGAGGUGCCCAAACUCAUCUACUGACAAGGAAGAAAUUACAACAUAGAUCUAAAGAGAACCAGUACAUCAACCAGGGCUUCCAUUGUGUUCCACUGAAGCUGAAUUCAUGGAAAUCAUCCCACUCCAUAUCUGGUAAUGGCUCUUUCACUAGAGGCCUAUGAACAGGACAUCGACGAGCUCAUUUCAGACGAGAAAAGCUGUUGUCUCGACGUUACAGACUCAAGCGAUGUGGAAGGAGACGAACUUAAUGACUUGGAACUGAAUCCAUUUGACGGUUUGCCUUACUCGUCCCGUUUUUACAAACUCUUAAAAGAAAGAGAAACUCUUCCCAUAUGGAAAAUCAAAUAUGACUUUUUGGAGCACUUGGCUCACAACCAGAUUGUGGUUGUAUCAGCGGGACCCAAGAGUGGAAAGAGUUCACAAAUUCCUCAGUGGUGUGCUGAAUACUGCUUAGCAGGACACUAUCAACAUGGCGCAGUCGUGUGUACCCAGGCACAUAAGCAGACAGCGGUAUGGCUGGCUAUGAGAGUUGCCGAUGAAAUGGAUGUCAAUAUAGGACAUGAAGUUGGCUAUAUUGUGCCGUUUGAGAACUGCUGUACAAGCGAGACAAUUUUAAGAGCGGAUAUCUUGAUCUGCAGGUAUUGCACGGAUGAGAUGUUGCGGAGGGAAAUGAUGUCCAACCCUCUUCUGUCCAGUUAUGGAGUCGUCAUUAUCGAUGAUGUCUAUGAAAGAUUCGUUUCUACGGAUGUGCUGCUCAGUUUCCUCAAGGUCAUUGCGGUAUCGAGACCUGAACUGAAAGUUGUGAUCAUUACCUGCCCUUCUCUGUCAGGGACAUUGGUUUCUUAUUAUGGAAAUGCUCCCCUAGUAGAAGCAGAGAACACGCACUCCGUAGAGUCGGUGUACACCACAAGCCUUCCUAGAGACUAUUUCCACUCAGCUUUACGGCUUCUCUUUGAAAUACAUCAUACUAAAGAGAAAGGGGACAUUGUCGUCUUUCUGGCCUGUGAAGAAGAAAUAAAAAGGGCUUAUGAGCAUAUCAAACAGGAAGCGUUGCACAUGAAUCCAGAACUGGGUGAACUGAUGCCCAUUGCUCUGUACCCCCAUCAAAGCAUUUCAGACUACAUCCCUUACGAGGAACUGGAUGACAACAGCAAAAACCCCAAACGAAAAGUGGUACUGACAACCAGCCUUGGUGAGUCUCUCAUCUGGAUGAAAAAUAUCUUCUUCGUCAUUGAUGUUGGCAUAGAGAAGAGGAAGGUAUACAAUACCAGAAUCCGCGCAGAAUCACUUGUCACACAAUCUAUAAGUAAGGUCCGGGCUGAGAUGAGGAAGCAUAUAUUGAGCUCAUCUUCUGAAGGAAAACUAUUUUGCUUGUACCCCGAGGACUUUGCGCAUGAGAUGAAACCAUUCCUGACAGCAAAAGUGGAAGAGUGCAAUUUGAUUUCAAUGGUUCUGUUUCUGAAGAGAAUGGACAUUGCGGGUCUAGCUCACUGUGACUUUAUCAACAGGCCAGACCCUGAAAGUUUAAUGCAAGCGCUGGAAGAUCUGGAUUAUUUGGCGGCACUUGACAACGAUGGAAAUCUCUCUGAAUUUGGAAUAAUUAUGUCUGAGUUUCCACUCGAUCCACAGCUGUCAAAAUCCAUUUUAGCUGCCUGCGAAUUUGACUGCGUGGAUGAAAUGCUCACGCUGGCUGCUAUGGUUACAGCCCCGAACUGUUUUAUCGAUUUACCUCCUGAAGCCAAAGAACUGGAUUUAAUUGGUAAAGGGAAGUUCUUUCAUCCAGAGGGGGACCACUUCACUCUCAUAAAUAUCUACAAUGAAUACGAGCAAAUGAAGAGAAACAACGCUAGCCAGUACGAUGUUGAAAAAUGGUGUCAGAAUCACUGUCUGAGCUUCGUGGCUUUGGAAAUGGCACGUGCCAUAAGAAACGAGCUCCUUGACAUUAUGAGACGCAUUGAGCUUCCACUGACAGGACCUGCCUUUGGCUCCGACGAGAAUGUCACAAACAUUAAAAAGUCACUUUUGUCAGGAUACUUCAUGCAAAUUGCUCGAGAUGUUGACGGUUUAGGAAACUACAUUAUGCUGACACAUAAACAGGUGGGGCAACUCCAUCCCGAUUCUGGCUUCUGUAACAGCGCCAAGGUUCCAGAGUGGGUCCUCUUCCAUGAAUUCAGUGUCUCCGAGAGAAGUUGCAUCAGGAUAGUCUCUGAGAUCUCGCCAAACUUGUUCAUGGAGUUUGUUCCCCCGUACUACUUCAGCAACCUGCCCCCUAGUGAGACUAAAGAUCUCCUGCAGCAGGACCAGACCCCAGACACCCCCCCAACUGAGGAGCCCAGAGAAGAGGAGCCUCUACAUGAAGCCAAUGAUGAAGGCACCGCAGAACAAAGAUGCAUUAUACAAUGACCUUGGCUAAUAGAGAAGACUCCAGGAGUGCAAUACGUGUCCCAAAGAAAAAGAAGACUUUAAUGAACUGAUUUUUUUUGAUAAGCCGGAAAAAAAAAAAAAAACCAUUAGAUGUUACAGAAAUCUGAGUAACGCUUUUCCUCCCUUCCGUGUGUCUGAUCAAAUAAAUUAUAUAGUGAGCCCUUGUGUUGUACUUUCUCCCUGUCAGGGACUGAGUGCCUGCUCUAAAGGAAUCUUUGCUUUAAUUACACUAAUGAAAUGUUCCCCAAACCCUCUUGUCGUCUCACCGGAGACAAAAAGAUGAAAUGAACGACAGACUGUACGAACGCGUUUAUAAAAAUUAAUUGGUUUCUAUGAUGUUAUCGCUUUUGGGUACAUAGUUGUAUAAAACUCAGCUGUUACAAGGGGGGAAACGGUUCACACGGAGAGGUAUUCUUUGAACUUGUCCAUGAUUGAAUUCAUCCGCUCGGCAGGAACCAACAUGGCUGUCCUCAAGGGUUUCAUGGGCACGUCGGAAAAGGACCAUCGGCCGCCCAGCUGCGUGUCGCUCUCCUCCUGCACAGAGUAGUUGAACUUCACAAGGGCUUUCUGCACAUGAAACAAAGGGAAAUAGAUGGAUGAAAUGUUCAUUAAGGGUCAGGGCACGCGCUCAGAUUCUGGACGAUUAGUCGCAGUGACGAAUGUAAAUCGACGGCUGGAUGGCACUCGGACCGCUUCGUUUUCCAAAGUCGCCUGAAGUUUCCUCGUGGGGCGACUUCAGAAAACGAAGCAGUGCAUGAGGUAACCUUCACACUUCGCAACAAGUGAAUAUAUCUGCACUGAAGGGAACAUAAAACAUCCCAAAUUAAAUCUGCUUAAAGUGCUCUGCUGAGCUCUUUGCUGUUUUUUUUCACUGUCAUUUUUAUGGGGCUUCUCCCUGUCUGAUACAGCAAGCAGUUAAGUGAACGAGCAGGCAGUUUCUCCAAAUCCAUGUCCCUCGGCAGACAUAGCACAGCGUUCCAUAAAGGAGAGCUGGAGGCAUGCAGCACAUCUUAGAUUUAUCACUAUCCUCUAGAUCAGUGAUCCCCAACCCUUUUACCCGUGAGCCAUAUUCAGUUGUAAAAAAGAGUUGGGGAGCAAUGCAAGAAUAAAAAAAAAAAAAGUACAACUGGUUUUUAUGUAACCAAAACCUGCUUAUUUUUGAAUUCCUGGCUUGAAGGCAUCUGCUUUAAAGCCACUGGGAGCAACACUCAAGGGGUUGGAGCUACUGGUUGAGAAGAUAAUAAAUAUGGUGAGUGAAGAGAGGAGUAACUACAGUCUGGCGAGUGAGCUGGAUGUAAGGUUAUCUGCUUGCCCCCUGGCACCCCAGUCCAACAUUGCCCUCCAUCAAUCAGACUUAAGGGAAUCUAUAUCCUAUAAGGACACAUUAGCCAAGUUAAGUCAUGCCGUUCAGUUAUGUAAUUGUAUUGGUGUUUGUACAACAGAAAGGACACACAUUCUGUUGUAUUAACUGAUGGGCUUAUGUCAGUCAAUCCUUUAUUAUGUUUACUCAUGCUGUUUAUUCAAAAGUGCUAAUAAACACAAUUAAAAAGGAAAAAAAAAAAAA